CAGGGAGAGCGAUGGCGUGGAUGGGUAUUCACAUAGUGUACGGACGGACACACAAAAUCAAACAAUUCCACCGAGUAGGAAUCCUGCGUUAUUUACACAGCCCUACACCACAACUGCAUAGCAAACAGGCCAAGGUCCUCGCAGGCAGGCUAGGCUCAAACCCGAACCCUGCGUACUUGUGGACGACGCUGCCAUCUAUCACUGGCUUUCCGGGGCUCUAGUCGGCGGCAUUGCAAUGGAGCCGCCUUGCAGCCGCCAACAACGCAUCUGCUGUUUGACUUAUUGCAGAAGUAAAAGAAACCUACAAAGUAUUUGUACGGAGUACUGGGUACAUGUAGCCGCAAGAUCUGAGUUACCGCGGAAUACGGGACUCGGACGGGUCUGCGGCGCGGAUACGAAGCGAUACCGAACAGGUACGGCGGGUACCUUGACUGAACCACUCCCACUUCCCUUCUUUUGCCUUUUUCUUUUCGUCUUUUUUUUCUUUCUUAAUUUGCACAUACGGGCUUCUCACGGUGCAUCGCGCAGGGCACAGCGGCAGCCAGGGGACGGCCCCAUUAGCCCACCGUUGGAGGUAGAAAGAGCAGAAACUUCAACGCGUACGGAGACAGAUAUCCUUACCCACUGCGUCACUGUGCGAAGUAUUACAUCGAGAGGCAUGCUGGAACCGUUACGACUAUCGAAUGCCAAAGGUGGCCAGCCACUCGACACUACGAAACAGAACAAUUCCAGUCAUACUCAGGCUACCAAGCCACCAAACCACAGAAUAAGACAACGGCAUAUGAGACAAGCCUCGGGGAGACCAGAAAGGCCUCCAAACGGUGAGACAUUGGAACUCCAGGGGCUGGAUGUCAGACCCGCGGGUCGUCCAUAGAGAUCCUAGAAGUGAGAGACAUGCAAAGCCGGACCCAGGGCCCGCUCGCAGUCAGUCAGGCCAGGAACCAGCGCCACGGCAGACUCGCACUGCAUCGCAUCGCAUCGCAUCGCAUCGCGUCACUGGUUGGAUUCGUUGAGCGCUCCUUUUUUGAAUCUUGCGUCC